AUGAUACAAUCCAUAGCGGACAACAAGCUUCCGGCUCAGAAAGUCGAAUCCAUACCACCGUCCCCGAGUAUAGAAAACCCUGGGCAGGUAUAUCCAAAGUCGGAUCCCAUAGCUGCACCAGCUGGGUCCGUGCCAGGUACAGGUUCGGCUCAAGACCCCAGCUUUAUCAUAGGAAACCCCUAUUGUCUUGAACGUGCUUUGGAGAAGCUGGACGGUUCGAUUGGAGAGGUGAUUAAUAUCAUUGAUGAGGAGAUGUCAUCCCAAGGCGCCUCCAGCCGAGAGGUACAAAUGAAAGAGAAGUUGAAGGGGUGGAGGGAUGAUAUUGCGAAUCUACGGGCAGGGGGAGGCAAAGGACUCCAAAGUUCAAUUAUCAGUGGUGCGGCAGCCGAGGAAGGUGGGUUGUUCGUCGACUGA